CUUUCUUCUCGCAGUAGCAUCAGGAGUCCUGAUUCAGGAGGAACAGACAGCAGCAGUAAAUAUUAUUGUAUUAAUAAAAAUUGUUUAUUAUUAAUUUAGGAUAAUGACUGUGUUUAAAGUCAUUAUCCUUGGAUAUUGUUCAUAUUAAGUAGAGUGGUUUGUGCUGUGCCGUGUCAUCGUUAACAGAGAUGGCUCAAGGCUGUCAAGAUGACAACUCUGCAGGGCCAGAGUCGGAAGAAAAGAGGACAAAGGUGCUUGAUGGGGUCACUCCCAAUGGUCAGGCUGAGGAGGAAAUGGACAUAAUUUCAGAAGUCACCAACAACCUCAACGACAGUGACGAUGAAAUGAAAAACGCCAGUUACGAGGAGACUGGCGAUACAUCCGAGAUUGAUCCGUUGAUACAAAUUAAUGGCGAUGGGGAAGUGCAUCACGAGAGUGACGAGGAGGAGAAGGAAGAGGAAGAAAUUAGUAAAAGUGGUGGAGGUAAUGUGCACAAAGAGAAAGAUUUAGUUGAAGAAGGAUCUAAGAUCAAUGGAGACGUUGAGGAUGAUGAAGAUAAGAUGAUGGAUGAGGACAUCGAUGAUCAACCCAAAGAUAAAGUUAAUGGUGACGUAGAAUCUGGCAAAGGAGAGGGCAAUAAUUCUAAAGGGGAGGAGGUCUCAAAAAUUUAUAACAACAGCAAUGGUAAAAAUGCUUCUCGUCUUAAUAGCGACAAAAUUCAGGAGGAAAACAAAGAUUCUGACGACUCUGAGGUGGAAACUAUCCUCCAAAAGAUUCCUAAUAAUAAUAAAGAGCCUGAUGAAAAUCAGAUGGAUGUUGAUGACGAGGAUGAUGGACCAGCCAAUCCGAACAUUGACUUGAGGUCAACCUCUGUGCUCGACACAAGCUUCAGUAACAGAGGUUCGACACCCACCAUCAUUGGAGGCGACCUAGAGAGUGAGGCUCGAAUUCAAAAUGAGGAAAGACUUUCGAAAAAUACGGGGGACUCGGAUGACGAUUCAGGAGUUAUACGAAUUAGAGAUAUCGGAUCGUUGCGCGGAGAUGAAGACUCGGACGAUGAUGUUAUUGAACUCUGUUCGACUUUACCAAAAAAUAAACCACCUGCGACAAGCGUGUUGAACGAAGACAACGAAUCAAAUUUUAUCAUUCCGGUUGAUCAUGACACUGCAGAUAUACGCUCUGAUGCUUUAGAUAGUUUGAAUAUGGAUCAUGUUCCAAAUCAAGUUCACACCCCGUAUGUGUUGGACAGUCCUAACAACAGCCUUCUCCAGUCAUUCUCCAUGUUGUGCACAACAGACGUUACGACGCCAUCGGUGCCAUUAUCUGAAAAGCAAAGAAAGUCGCUAGCCUUGUGUAAGAAACUGGGGGAGUUGAGCAACAUGUUGAAAAACUUUGAGAAGAAGGGCCAGAAUGGGAUAUGUGUUCGUACCAGAGAAACUCCAACAGUUAUCAACGUCUCAGCAACCGGAGCCAUUACGUUGGCCCCCUCUUCACCAAACGCGAAUCAGUCGACUGCUGGACAAGCAACAACUGUCCCACAACAACAAGAAGGGAAUAACACAUAUUCCGGCCAAAGAUUUGUUAGACUUGAUGCUAACUCGUCACAGCAGAACUCUAACACUGUUCGGUGUAUAGUAACGUCACGGGGCCUUGAAAAAGUUUCUUCAGUGCCAACAAUGACAACAACAAAUCCACUGAGAACAUACUCAGGGGCUGGUAACAGGCCCACAAUAUUAACCUCGUCAACGAGUAAUCAACAGCAAGGUUCAAAUUCAGUAUCUCGAAAUAUGCAUCAAGUUGUCUUUGACCCAAACACUGGACUAUUGCUGUGUCCCACGACCCAAGCUCCGCCUUCAACAGCAGUUACUGCAUCACAGCAAUUUGCUAAUGCAAAUUUACGGCAGUACAGAGCGGUUCAAGCUCCCCCACACUUGAUUGCCUCUCUCAGAUCUGGUUCUCUGCAGCUGAAUCGACCUGCUGCCCCCCUCAUGGUAAAUGGCACAUCAUUAACCAGAGUUGUUCAACAACCGCCAGCCACCAGCAUCGCCUCAACCAUGAUGAAUGGAGCAACGAAUGUGAACAGUUUGUCUUCAAACACUAUCCGCCAAGAUAAGACGACGCCUGUACAAAUGACAGCGUCACAAAACUAUAUUCAACAACAGCAACAGAGUGCCACUGUGAUUACGCCUCCUUCAAAUAUGUCGCAACCAGGAGCUCAAAGAAUGAGGUUCCCAAAUAUUUCCGGACAGAACUCUGUGUCAUUUGCACAGACUGCUUCAAAUAUAAUUCGUUCAUCCGUCCCCCGACCUAAGGCUGCGCAGUACACGUCGAUUGCCCCCAAAGCUCCCGGAUCUAGGCCAAUCUACCAACCACCAGCAACUGCGGCUCCAGUCUCAGCAGCAUUUAUUAAGCGACCACAUGCUGAAGCAAAUAAGCCGAUUGAAUUAACUAGCAUAACUCCUAGACAAUCAGCCGCCACCAACAACACCCCCAAAAAUAAUAAUCAUAAUACGAAUACGCCUAAUUAUAAAGAUAAGGGUCCCAGCGCCAAGACCUUCCCCUCUUUGGUUGUGGUUGUGAAAACUUACCUACAAGAAAAACUUACUAAACCUCAAUCAAAUACAGUUAGAAGCGAGUUAGAUGCAAAAGUGAAGAACAUUUUAAUGCAGUCACCCGUAAAAUUUACGGAAUGGCUGAUUCAAAAGGGUCUGAUAAGGAUGGAUCACAAAUGUGAAGAUCAUAAUAAUCCUUACAAACUGGGAAUGUAUUCCGACAGUGACAAGUAUCCUCACAGUGGGGGCUAUGUGUUCACCGCAGAUUGUUGUUUAGAGAAACAGCAAUCUGUCUUUCACGGAUCAAUUUUUGAAGCCUCCGUCUACCCUCCAUCCACUACGAUGAAGUUAAUUUACCAUUGGGCUUGCCAAACUCCAGCCCCAAGCGUUCUGCAAUGGGUCAAGGUUAACAGUUACUAUCUGAAAAAUUUCUACACUCUGUUACGCAGUGCUUGUGUGGCAGCACUUCACGAGAACGCAUCAGUAAUGGGAGGCCGUGGUAAAUACAUUGAAGUAGGAGUCGUCACCCUCGGAACAUUGCCUGGGAUGCAAGUAGACGUGGUUAGACCGAUGCAAAUUGAAAUUCUUGGAGUGUUCGAUCCUGGGGCUAAAUUUAUUAGAAUGAAAUUACUCAACGUCCCUUCUACAUUGGUCGGAGAUGUGGCCAAGCGUGAAAGGAUUGAUCAAAUUUUAACUCCUAUAAGCACUUGGGUUAACCGCGAUAGUGUUCUUCUCAUUGAUUCUUCGCUAGAUAAGACUAUGGUAGAAAAAUUAGGAUUUAGAAAUGUCAGCCAAUCCAAAACACCUGUUGGUGCCCCAGUUAAGACGACUAUUCCGACUAAUGUCAACGUAAUGAACUAUCUCAGAAACAUUGUCCCAAAAAUGUUUCAAAAUACAUUGUGUGUUCUAAGCAAAAGUCUGAUACAACAGUUCCUAGACGAGCUAUCAUGGCGAGAACUGUGGGGUUCGCAACCUUUAAAAGCAUUCGAUACAGCCUUAUUACAUUUAGCGGCCAUGACAAAGGCAGACACAGGAGAACUCCUAAUCCCUCGACUAAACAAGAUUUCUUUAAAUCCAUUUGCUGAAUGGUCAUAUUCGAAACUACUGCCACCGCCAUCUGGAAUUGAAUGUCUCCCAGACAGCAUUAGAGCACAGCCCUUGUCUGACCUCGUUGCAAGUGCUGUUGGAAUGGACGGUGGGAUUUCCAGUCUUGUUUCGACAUACAUGAACAGCUCAAAAAACAGCGCCGCUGCAAAAGGUCUCACUCCAGAUUACAGCAAGAAAACGACUGCAAAACCUGUUGGGUCAAAACGAAAGGCUGAUGAUGACGUAGCUUUAGAUUUGCAAAAAAUUCUUCGUGAAAAUCCAAAAACACACACACUUCAAGCAUAUUACUACGUUUAUUGUCCUUCCCCUGUGGACAAGUACAGAGUGGAAUUUCCAUCCAAUCUGAAGUGCCCGCUAUGCUCUAAAGUUCUUCGAAAUAAUACGGAUGCAAUUUCACAUCUUACCCGUCACGUUCUAAGUGCUGGAAGAAUUACAACGAAUCCUCAUGGAUGCCGCUAUUGCAUGAAAGAACUACCGACCCAAGCCUUACUACAGACCCAUAUAAAUUCAGUGCACAAGAAGAUUGGGGAAGUCAACGUUUGUCAAAUCUGCCUCACUAAAUAUCCAUCAGAGACAAUGUUAAUUAUUCAUAUGUGGCAGCGUCAUGUGAAUUGCGAAGCCCCAUAUCGAUGUGAACUUUGCGAUUAUCGUACCUCAUUUCAUUAUGAUAGUGUUGACCAUUUCUUUAAGGAACACGGUGGAUCUGAUACUGUCCAGUGUCCAGUUUGCCUAAAGACGUUUGCCUGCCGAUCCAUCCCUUGCCUGAAAAGCGUUGUUACACAUCUUCAAAAUCAUAUCCUUCGCAAGGGCAAAAAGUGUCAAGAUUGUUGCCUCACGUUCUCGACAGACUUAGAUUUCCGUGCACAUCUCGUAGCUGAUUCAGCUCAUCAGAGCAGAGCCACAAAAAAUUUCGUUCAACACGAGGUUGACGAUAAUCCAAUCAGAAUGCCAAAACCUCCACUGGUGAACAAGGAUAUGAAUAUUCCACCCCCAAAGAAAACAAAGACUCGAAAACUUUCUGGGGCAAAUCCAAAUCUAACUACGUUAAAUACUAGCUUUGCCGUUCCAUUGAAUCCUUGUGACAGAUACAUGUUUACACCAAUGAACAUUAACAUUAGUGAUGUUACUAAACAUUCUAAUAUGAAUUGUUGGGAGUGUGGGAAACCUAUUCAUCUAAUAGGCCAUUACCGAGGAACCAUGAAAUGUAGCCGAUGCCGAUUUGAAACUUGUUGUAGUUACAAAAUACAAAAGCACGUCCAAUCUCACGAUGUUACUGAACCGAAUGAAAGUAUCGCCAAAGCCAAAAUGUUCGGUAUGUCAAAGGCACUAAAUGAUGAUUCGACUACCCUCGAGUGCUCAGGAUGCUACUUUGUUAGCGGUAGCUCAAGGCGAUUUGCCUAUCAUCUGCUAACUACUGGACACAGAGCCUGUGGACCUAAAAAUUGUCAGGAACAACCAAUAUGCACCGUGGAAAAUAAUAUUGCCGAUCCUCAAUAACAUAAGCCAUCACCAAUUUCCAAUUUUUUUAAAUUUCAGUUGUUGAAUUACAUUAUAAUUGUUUUACAUCAUACGUGUCACUCUGUCUAGUUUUGUGAACAGAAUGAAUUGAAUUGUGAUUGUUUUGAAUAUUAUAUAGGGUGGUGGGUAAAUACAUACUGAGGGUGAUCGGUAAACCAUUUAGCCUAGGUGCUUCCUUCGGCGCGGCUCGCGCGCACACUUUUGACCAAUUUCACGUACGGACGUGAAGUUGUAGUCACUUAUUUCCUUAUGUGAAAAUUUAAAAUAUCUAACUUCAACAUGUACGGAAGCAUACAUAAACCAACCUUUCUUUGAUAUCGAGGGGGAUCGUACAGGUAAUAAAAGUGAAGGGAAGACGACCAGCCAAGCCACUGCUCCAUGCAAACGUAAUGAAUAGCAAAGGGAAUUUUCAUUAAAACAAAAUACUAUUGUUACAAAAUUUCUUGUUUGGCCCGUCAACCAUGCUAGAAGAGUAUCCAAAACGGUACGCAAGGGGCUUCCGAGGAAAUUGACCUCCAUGGCCACCUUUGUGAAGACAGACCCCCAGCACUACUCCUUUUAUGUUUUUGGCUAUUUGAAACAGCGCCUGUUUUCGAGAAAAGCAACUACCCUCGACAUAGUUUGGAAAAAAGUUUGACGUUGGUCUCCACUCUGCAAAAUUUGAAAUUUUGCACACAAGAUGAUAAUUCUAUACUCCUAGAAUUUCUGCUAGUGAAAUAAGCUCAAAGUGUGUGUGCGACCCGAGAGCUUGGCUAAAUUGAUCAUCCUAAGAAUUCACAUUUAUGAAAGGGAAAAUAACCCAUUUGUAUAUUUAAAACCCGAUACAUUGCAAGUAUUUGCAACAUAAAUAGAAUAUAAGUAUGUAGUAAUAAGUAUAUAGUAAUAAGUAUAUAAAUAAUAAAAUAUUUGCUAAUUAAUCAGUCAAAAUGACAAUUUUAAUUGCCUUUCCAUUCAACGAUUUUUAUGAAAUACAAAAACAAGUGUAUUAACCCAUUUUUUGGUUUCAAUGACGAUAGCGCACUUCUUGAUAUACAAUAUAAGCAAUAAAAAUGUGAAAUAAAUAAGCACAGUACUGAAUAAAA